AGUAUGGCACAAUAAUAAUAGCCUGAGUCAAACUAAAAGAAAAAAUAAUAAAAAACACGGGUUUGCUGUGUUUUAUUCACUGUUUUGUUGAAUGGAAUCUGAGAACUGAUUAAAGGAGCCCAACUACUGCUAUAACUCAAAACUUUUUUCCAUCGUUCAGUGUGUCUAAUUGAAGGUAGCCACCAGUAUGAGAAGCACUGGUAAUGAGUGGUGAUGACGACAUUGAGGUGAAAAGCUAAAGGUGUUGUUAUUCUCCUCUCGCACAUAAGAUUUCUCUCAGAUGGCUGACUCAUUAACAUCCGUCUUUGGAACGGUGUGCCACGAUGCCCCAUUAGUGCUGGGAAGGUUUGGUAAACUGACGUAUCUUAUGUGUUGAUAUAUGGUAUAAACAAAAAUUAUGGACUUAUUGUCUCAUAAAGAAUAGUUACAGUGUAGAACAUUGUUGUAUGAGCUUGGUGAAACUGAGAAUGAGGUUUAUUUUUUGUUUUACUGUCUUGUCUACGAGGAGGUAAGGGAUGUACUUUUUAGUAAAAUGUCCUCCAUUUAUGUUGAUUUCUUUGGGCUGGAUGAUUAUGAAAAACUUGAGUUGUGCUUCAGGAAGAGAAUCUUUUUUGUAGCAGAUUUUAUUUGCCAAGCUUGUAAGAGAAGGCAGAAUAUUUCCGAGCUGUAUAAUAAUCUGUAGUUUUGUGAUGAAAAGAAGUGUCUGACCACAGCAACUGUGGACACUCUUUUGGUGUCUUGUAUACCAACAAGGGUUAGGCACUGUGUGCAUGACACCGAAAUAAAAGAAAACUAAUCAAUCAAUAUUGAAAUAUAUGGCUGACAAUAACUCACUGGUUGAUGGUCAAGCCUUAAUGCGGAAGAUCAAUGACCGGGUCAUUUUAGUUCAGGUUUUGGUGACAUUGUUCCUUUGUAUCAACUUUCUGCUGAUCACAACCUUUUUUAUGAAGCAUUUCUUCUACACAACCAUGCGCUACAUCUUAUUUGCUAAUACAUUAUUGUCUGAUUGUCUGAUUUUAAUUUUGACAAAUACCUUGCUGAUCAUGAGCUAUUUUCGUUUUACCACACAGACAUGGUUAUGUCUCAUCAUGUUUAUUGUGUCAUCUCUGUACAAUUUUGUCACACCAGUUACUCUGACAACAAUGACCCUGGAGCGCUUUGUGGCCAUUUGCAUGCCCCUGCGGCAUGCAGAGCUGUGUUCCACACGCAGCGCUCUGCAGUGCAUCCUCAUCAUUCACGGCCUCAGCUCUAUACCCUGUAUUGUUUUUCUCUCCAUCUUCUUUGCAUCUGCUACCCACAGUUUCUACACCCAGAACAGAAUAUGCUCUGUGGAGUUGUUCACAAUUCACAGGUGGCAGGGUCAUCUUAGGUCAGCUAUAAGUCAAUUCUACUUCCUGAUCAUGUUUAUAACCAUUGUGAUCUCCUAUAUUAAAAUAAUCAAAGUGGCCAAAGCUGCAUCAGGAGAGAAUAAAAAGUCAACAUGGAAAGGACUCAGGACAGUGGCUCUUCAUGCUUUCCAGCUGCUCCUCUGUCUCAUCCAGUUAUGGUGCCCUUUCAUAGAAGCUGCUGUACUUCAGAUUGAUUUAAUGUUGUACACUGAUGUCAGAUACUUUAACUACAUAACUUUUUAUCUUGCUUCAAGAUGUCUGAGUCCUCUCAUUUAUGGCCUCAGAGAUGACAAGUUUUUUCUUGCACUGAAAUAUUAUGCUCUCUGUGGCUUGUACAAGAACAAAUCUUUAGCUUUUUUCACUUGACAAAUUAAAAUCACCAUUCUGUAACAGAAAAUACUGUUUAUGUAGUAUGCAGUUUAUUGCAUUGGAUAAUGAAUUCAUCUUAUUCAUUCAAUUUCUCAGUAUGUGUUCACAUAAAAGUUACAUAAAAGACAGCUACAUAAAAUAUCAUCCAAAUGCUAAAAAACAAUUAAAAAUACAUUUAAAAUCUGAUGAUGACAUGGCGUUAGAGCUAAAUUAUGUGAAAAAAUCAAUCUAAGUAAGGCAGGUGUAUAAAGAUACAUACUAAACAGAAGACUGUUCCAAACCCGAGGUGCCGGCACAGCAAAAGCUCGACCCUGGAAGGGUGCCUGGCCAUGUUAAGUCUUUUAAGUGAUGAUUAGGAUUUUAAAAAUGUAUCCUAGAAUAAAUGAGUUACCAUUGGAAAGUAAUAACUCUCUCUGUCCAUCAGACACUGGGCCCCGUGUUCAGUCUUCACAACCAGCUGCUGACACAUUGUUCAGCCUUAUGUACAUUUUCUGUUCUGUUUUACUGACAAAUCUAAUAAUACACCCCACACACUUCCUGUUUUAUUGUAAUGCUGCUUAAGGGAUAAUUAUAUGAUUUUUCAAGUCUGUCCUAAAACAAUAGUGAGGUGCCAACAUGUACAUUGAAACUGGGUUUUCUUGCUGUUAUUGUUCUUCCUUUUCAUACAGCCCUCCUUCUCUGCAAAAAUGUAUGAAACAGUUUUUUUUUUGAAGCUAAUAUGAGGCUUCAGCUGUCCAAAUCAGUCAAAUCAAGUCAAUAGAAUAAUAACUGAUAACUGAUGUGAAAAAUUUAAGCCACAGCUUUUUGUUGUUGUACUCUUGUGUAACUUUUUACUUGCCUGGAUUUUUCAGAAGCCUUUGCUGUAUACCACAUUCUCUUUCUUCUUUGCCUGUACCAAUAAAAGUGAAGCUGCUUGUUGAAUCCA